AUGAUCUACAUUAAUGAAUGCUAUAAAUGUUUUGAUCCUGAUUUACCAGUUGAACAUGGACUCUAUGUUAUAAAGAAUGUCAAGACAACGAUAGAUAAUGAAGAUCAUGUAUUAGCAACACUACCUCAAGGGUUUUCUGUGAGACAAUCCACAAUACCUAACGCAGGCCUUGGAGUAUUUGCAGAAACGACCAUUCCUAGUGGGACCAGAUUAGGACCUUACGAUGGCACCUUAUCAAAACAAUUCCAUGGUGACGACUGGACGUAUAUAUUUCUGGUUGCAUAUAGAGAUGGAGAAAUUAAGCAUUAUAUAGACGGUAAAAACAAAGAAAAAGCUAGCUGGUUAAGAUAUAUGAACUGUGCUCGGACGAUUGACGAGGAGAAUUUAAACGUCUAUCAAUAUAACUAUGAGAUAUAUUAUGUUACUAACCAAUGUAUAAAACCCGGCACAGAGUUAUUAAUUUGGUAUGGGGAUUCCUAUGGUGAAUCGUUAGGUCUAGAAAGGACACUCGAUGAUGAUGAUUACACUGAAUUAUCUGGGAGAAAUAUUGUUGUAGGAAUAAUGAAUACAAUAAAGGGAUAUUGUUUUCACUUUGGAAGAUACACAAAGAUAAAUCAAGAAUUUGUACAUACUGAUAACGUGAAUAAAUGUGAAUGUCAUAUGACCGGAACUUGGAAUUGUACUGAUGCGCAUGCCAGCGUUGAAGCUAUUUGUACAUACUGA